AUGACCACGACCGUCGCGGUGCGGACCGACUCCGCUCGGCGACUCCUAUUUCUGGUCACGAGCGUGGGACGCACCUCGGAUGCCAUCACCAUCACCCUUGACGAAUCUCUCCCCACGGAAUGCCUCGUACCUGAGGGCACCGCGGGCUGUACCCUGAAGGCGGCUGCUGUUUUCCUGACAGGACUCUCCACCCAGACCACCCAGCUCUUGGGAGUGGAGCCCAAGGAGAUUCAGACCCAGGUGGAGGAAUACGUUUCGAAAUAUGGCGACCUGCCGGCUGUGACUCCCGCAGACCUGGCGGAUCUAGAUGCUCACCUGCUGACGAGGACAUUCAUCGCCGGCAAUGCACUCACGCUGGCUGAUCUGGUCACGUAUGCCGCCGUAGCGCCAGCCCUGUCCUCUCUGCCGCCCAAGGAGCGGUCCCAACUCCCAAACCUGGUCCGCUGGUACGACCACAUCCACUUCACCGCCGACCCCGCAUGCUACUACCCGGACCUGGAGAUCUCCAAGCCUGUAUUCGCCUCCCCCGGCCCCAGCGCACCAAUGCCCGCCCCCGCUGCCGCUGCGGGAACAGCUGGAAAUAAGGAGGGGCCCAAGGCGGCUCCAGAACCCAAGGCUGCUGCUAGGACCCAGGCGACAGGGCCUGAGGGGCAACAGCCGCGGGCAAAGAAGGAGAAGAAGGCCAAGGAGGCCAAGGAGGCCCAGGUGGCGGCUGCACCGGCUGCACCGGCCCCAGCCGAGGAACCACUGGUUGAUCUGCUGGACUUGAGGGUGGGCAAGAUUGUUGCGGUGGAGCGUCAUCCUAAUGCAGAGUCACUAUAUGUGGAAACCAUUAACCUGGGAGAGGAGAACCCCCGGCAGAUCGUGAGCGGGCUGGUGAAAUUUGUGCCCAUUGAGGCCAUGCAGGGGCGAACAGUGGUGGUUGUCACCAACCUCAAGCCAGCCAAGAUGAGGGACGUGAUGAGCUACGGCAUGGUGCUCUGUGCAUCCAACGAUGCGCAUGACAAUGUGGACCCCAUCAUCGUGCCUGAGGGGGUGCCGGUGGGCGAACGCAUCACCUUUGAGGGGUACACGCGUGAGCCGGAGGCGCAGCUCAACCCACGAAAGAAGCAGUUUGAGAAGAUUGCGCCCAGCCUGAUUGUGCUUCCAGACGGCAUCUGCUCGUACAAGGGAGUCCCUUUCAUGACCAGCAGGGGCCCUGUAACCGCGACAAUUCCUGGAGCUCACAUCGCGUGA